GACAGUUUUAGUGUGACGUAAAACAUUGACAGCAAACGGUUUGUGUAUAUAUAGUCACUAUUUUUUGAUGAAAAAUGUGGCUUAAUGUUUCAUUAUAAUGCAAACUUAUCACAUUUAUUUAACACUGUGUUGUUAAUAGAAGUUUUCUGUCCAUCUAGGAUAUUGAAACAUGUGCCAUUGCAAUUGUGUAAAUUUAAUUUGUUGAAGUUGAACCGCUACAAAUGGCGUCGGACAUUGAAGCUUCAUGUGAAAAUGAUCCAAAUUUCGCAGUUCUUUGUGCUUUUUUAGAGAAAUUCGGUACUCAGAGUGGUUUACCGAAAUAUGAUUUUCAGGAACUGCAAGGAAUGUUGGAAAAUUCUGAAGAAGUUCAUCCAGUUCUGGUAGACCUUUUCUUAAGAUUGCUGAGAAGAGCCAAGAAAUCUUUUAAAAAUGAUAAAUGGGAGAAGGCUAUAGCUGCAAUUUGUCAUAGAUUUAGUACACAAGAUGCAUGGGAAAUUGAGAGGUUUGGCUAUAAAAAAGCCAAACUCACAACAAAAGUUAGAAUUCUUAAGGAGUUACUCGAAAUGCAAUUUGACCAUCACAUGAAGUUUAAAAAUGAGAUAAACAAAUUGGCCGCUGAUGUUCUCAGAUCACAACCAUUAGGUAGAGAUAAAGCUGGACAUAACUAUUGGUUUUUAUCUGAUGAAUACUAUCAAAUAAGAGUUUACAAAGAAGAUUUGGAUGAGGAAACCUGGACCUUAGUUGCUAAAGAUAGAGAAAGCUUGGUAUCUCUUAUAACUAAGUUAAGUGAUGGAGAUUACAAAAUUAGUUCAGAUUCAGCUGUAAAUGAAGAUAGUAAUUCACUUUCUGAAAAACCUGUUAUUGAUACUGGUCAAAAAAAUGAGGAAACUAAAGAUGAAGUUAUCGAAAAACCAAAUGAUAAUACAGAAGUAAAAGAAUCUCAAGAAAAUGUUGAUAAUAAUGAUAGUGGUGAUGAUGAAUCAACAAAAUCAACACUAAGAAUUAAAAAAUUGAGCGGAUUCUUAGAAAAUGAACCAAAAAGGCCUAAAUUAGAGAGGGCCAAAGAAAUAGAAAAAGACAAAGUUUUGAAAAUUGAAUUAACUAAUUUAGUAUCAAAAGAAAUCAAAGCUCCUCCUGUUUUAGUGAAAGGUGAUGGUGCAGGUGCUGAUAGUGAAGCCAUUCCUAUUGUAGGUGAUGAAUUUGAAGAAGAAACUGUGUAUUUUUUUGGUGAAGGCAGUGGAGAGGAUUGUCAGACAGGCAAUGAGGAAAAAAUUGCAGAAAAUGAUAGCACUAGUAAAACAAAUAAUGACAGUAUUAAUAAAAAUUUAGUUACAAAUAAUGAUCAUGUAGAUAAAAGUGGGGGAGUUCCUUGUACAGUAAAUCCAGUAGAAAUUAAUAGCAAGACUGACAAUAAUAGCUCUAAAAAAAUUCUGAAUCCUGAAAAGGAAGAAAAUUUAUCACAAAGUAUUGAAAAAGAUACUUGCUUGGAAAAUGAUUCAGAAAAAGACCUUGAAUUACCCAAUAAACAAACUCUUACAACAAGUCCAACAGUAGAAGACAAUCACACAAAAGAAAAUGAAAAAAAAUGUGUUGAAAGUAACAGUACUAAUAAAGUUACUGAUGAAGUUAGUCAUAAUGAUCAUCAUUCUAAAGAAACUACAAUAGCUUAUGAAGAAAAUUCUAAUGAGCCCAAAAAGAUGGAAGAUAAUAAUAAAGUUCUUCCUGUUAUUGAAGAAGUUUGUGUGAAAAAAAUUGCAUACGUAUGUGGAAAUGAAGACAAACUAAAUACUAUUUCAAAUAUGGAAGAUAGUUCAUCAUAUAUUGAAAAAAGUGAAGAUCCUACACCACAGAUUGAGAAAACAGAUGAUUCUCCAUUAACUAUCAAGAGAAUAAAAGAUUCUUCACAUGCUAUAAAAAAUAUAGAAGAUUCUACAUUGCCGAUAGAAAAAACAGAAAGCCCUUUACCUCUUAUUGCAAAUAUUGAAGAUAAAUCUACUAUUGAGAAUACAGAAGAAAUUUCAUCUUCUAUUGAAAAGAAGGAAGAAACAGAAAACACAUCUGUCAUUGAAAAAAUAAACUCUUCAUCUCCUGAAACUGGGGAAGAUUCUUAUAAUAAAGAAACAGAAAACUUUGAGAAAGAACUCUGUAAGACAGAUAUAAAAGAUGAAACUCAACAAGAUAUUGAAGAAACUCAAAAAACAGCCACAAAAAAAUCGUUAAGAUCUGUAAGAAGUAAAAAAAUAUGUAUUGCUUCAACAAAAGAAAAUGAAAAUACAAAAGAAGAAAUUGCUCACGAUGUUCCACCAGAAGUUAUUUAUGUUAAAGGAAGAAAGAGUGCAAGAGCUAAAUUGAAAGAUACAGAAUCUAUAGGAGCUACAAACAAAAAGCCUAAAUUGGUCCAGGAGAAUAGUGAAGAUAAAGAACAAACUGCUUCAUUGGAAGGAAUGGAAAACAAGUCAAACACUGGUAAAGGAAGUAUGACAAGUACAAAUUCGUCUCGGGUUUCAUCACCUGUUUCUCUAGCUGAUUCUACAAUAACAGUGCCUGAAUCAGCCGAUAGUAUUGAAGCUCCACCUAUUGAAAAUGAUCCGCUAGCAGACCCUCUUGCUUCAGAAGAAGAUCUAGCAGUACCACAACCACAAAAUAUACAGUCAUUUUCUUUCGAUUAUAAUGAUUCUUCAACCCCUCCUCCAAUUCCAAUUAUUCCUUCUGUAAGAACUCUUAGAGGAAAAAGACGACGAGAAACUAGUCCUAUAGAAGAUGCUACAUCUGACAAAGAUGGAAAGAGGAGAAAAAUCAAGGGAAAGAGACAAAUUGACGUGGAAUUAAGAAAAAGUAUCGAACAGAAAAAAGAGCAACAAUUAAGCAGUAGCGAUGAAGUUAUUGAAAUCUCAGAUACUGAUGUAAAAUCUAAAAAACCUACAACAAAGAAGAAAAAACCAAUUGCUAAGGGAAAAAAACUGUCACCAACUGAUAUCAUUAGUCUAAGUGAUGAUGAUUCCAAUAGUACACCUACUCUUGUGAAAUCUGCUCCCAAGCCCAAGAAACCAAUAGUUAGACAUCCUGAAAAUAAGAACAAGAGAUUACUUGCUGGACUGGAUAUUUCAAAUACGGACCUUGAAGAAACAUCAGGUGUUCGACAAUCGAGAAGGAUAGCCCAAAUAAAAAUAAAAGAACAAUCAGAGCAUCCUAACAAGUCUGAGUCUAAAGAUGAUAAUAAAUGUAAAAAGAAAAAAUCAGAAAAGAACGUCGUGAUAGUAGAAAAGAAGAAAACUAACAAAGAUAAACUGAAAAAAGAAGAUUCAUCUGAACCUGAAGUUGUUAGAGACGAUUUUUUGAAAAAGAAGAGACGGAGGGGUAAAAAGCAACGGAAUAAAUUCGACGAAAAUCGUCCUUGGCAAUCCAGUAGUGAAUCUAGUGAAGAACAUGAGGAGAUUGAAGAGGAAGAAGAGGUUAUUGAGGAAUACGAACCACCUCUUGAUUUUAAGUCUGAUCAUGAGUUCUCUCCCGAAAGUGACAUCGAGAAUACAGAUACAUAUCAACCACCAAAAAGAGCUAGAACAGCUCGGAAGAAAGUUGAAGUAGAAGAUUCUGAAGAUGCAGAAGAAGAUUUUCCAUGUCAGAAGUGUGGAAAAUCUGAUCAUCCUGAAAUGGUAUUGCUCUGUGAUAAAUGUGAUAAUGGUUGGCAUUGCUCCUGCCUCCGUCCACCUCUGUUAAGCAUUCCUGAAGGUGACUGGUUUUGUCCGCCUUGCCAACAUAUAAAAUUGGUCGAAAAUCUUCAUGCCAAAUUACUGGAGUAUGAUAAAAAAUUAAGUAAAAAAGAUUUAGAAGAUAGAAGAAAAGAAAGGUUAGCAUAUAUAGGUAUUAGUUUGAACAAUGUACUCCCAUCCAAAGAGAAGGAACAUAGGAAGAAGAGGCGAAGGCAUUCUGAAGACAUUAUGGAAUCUAGUAGUGAACAAUCAGAAUCCACCCAAUCUGAAAGUGACAGUGAUAGCGAUGAACCAAUAUAUCAACUCAGGCAACGUAGGCAGGCAAAAAGUUACAAAUUUAAUGAAUUUGAUGAUCUCAUUAAUUCUGCUAUUCAAGAUGAGAUAGAAGAGAAACAGCAAGAUGAAGCAACGCAAAGUCGCGGUAAAGACAUGGCAACAAUAGUGAAAGCAGAAGAAGCAGAACGAAAAGAAAGAGAAUUAGCUGAUAAGAAAGAGCAAAAUGACGAAAAAGGAACAAAAGAUAAUGUUGACAGUAAAGAAAAUAUUGAGGAAAAUAAAGUUGAGAAAGAUAAGGCUGAAUCUGAUGAUGAAGUAAUCAAGCCCCCUGUAAAAAGAAGAAAGAAGAGAAAGAAUUUGAAAAACUUAGAUUUUAGUAGUGAAGAUGAUGACGAAAGGGAUGAGGAUUUCAAGGGAUCAAGUUCCAGUUCUGAGGAAGAAGAUUUAGAAGAAGAAGAGGAGGAGGAUAGUGAUGAUAGUGAAGAUUAUGCAGUUGGCCGCAGAGGCAAAUCUUUGCGCCCUUUACGAAGGUCAACCAGGGCAAGGGUUUCUCGAUAUGAUGCUGAUUUCGUCAAUGAUGAAGAUGAAGAUAUACCAAGAAAGAAGAAGAAGAAAAUUAAAUAUUUCAGUGAAACUGAAUCAGAAUCUGAUGGUUCAUGGGGAAGGAAAAAGAGAAGGUCUGGUAUGAUUAGAAAGAAAAAAAAGAAGAACAGUAUUUUGGACGAAUUGUCUGAUUUAGAAAUCAAAGUUAAAAAGCGUCCCAAAAUAAAAUAUGGCGGGUUAACUUCCAGUGAUGAAGAUUUGGGAAGAGGACGCAGAACUAGAGGGAAAAAAACUACCUAUAUUGAUACUUUGGGAUCAGAUAGUGAUGAUGAGAGGCGGAGAAGAAAUAGAUUGGGUAUAGAAAGUGAUGACUAUGAUGAUGAAGACUUUGUUGCUAAUGAGGAGGAUGAAGAGAAAGACAGUGAUCCGGUCAACGAAGAUGGUGAUGAAGAUUCUAAAAAUGAGACUGAACGAAAAACUUUUGUACCAAAAAUAUAUAUAAAACCACCAGCAGUUAAGGAAACAGAAAAAUUGAAAGAUGUAGAGAAAACCAAAGAAUCAGAAACACUUAAUGAGCCAGAAAGGUCAAAAGAUGAAGAAGAAGGGAAAGUGAAAACACCACAAUCAGAAAUCCUAAAAGAAAAUGAGGUUCCCAAUGAAAUUGAGAACACCGAAAAAAAAUUGGAUGAAAAAAUUGAGAGAUCUUGUGAAGAGAAAUCAGAUAAAGAGAAGAUGUUGGAGAAAUUAAAGGAAACCUUGGAAAAAUCGAAAGCCGCUAAAGAGGAAUUGGAGUUAAAACCAGUUAUAGUUACACCUAACACAGAAGAAGAGAGAAAUGGGAAUUCAGGAAAGGAUUUGAGCAAGAAGACCUUGGAACAUCUGGAUAAGGCAAAGGACUUAAUAAAGAAUUUAUCUGGAGUUGAAGUCGAAAAGAAAAAACGGAAAGCCGUGGAUGGUACAGAAGAUGCGCAGGAAUAUUUAGACUUGGCUCAACAAGGAAAAAGACAGCAAGUAUCGAAUAUUACACACAAACCUAUCAUUAGUAAUGUUGAAAAUAUGAUACAAAACGAUGACGAUAACGAUGAAUUGUCAGAACCUCCAAUGGGAGUUGCACUACCACUUUUUGAUGAAAUAAGUAAAAAAGAUGUACCAGAAGUUGCACAAAAGAAAAGAGGACGUGUUAAAGGCAAGAAAACAUUAGAAGAGGCUCUAACCAACCUAGGCAACAAAAAGCUGGCUUCAGAAGCUGAAUGCAACAUUGAAAUAGCCGCACCUCCUCAACCAUUCUCACAAACCGCGCCAACACCAUCUGUAAUCACUAGAAUGUUGCAAACAAAGCCCGGUCAAACAACUACUUAUCCCAUUGGUUCCAUAAGGCCUAAACAGUUUGCUACAAUGCUUGAUGAUGACGACGAUGAAGAUAAUAAUGCUCUGAUUUCUAAACCUAGAGCUGGCUCACCAGCUGGACAUCAGCCAAUGCCUCCAAUAGGUCCUUUCCCUACAGGGGCUCGUGGUCCUGUUGUAAUGCCAUUCAGACCUAUGUAUCCUCCAAAUAUGAACCAUUUUCCUUCUGGAAUGUUACCACCACAUCCAAUAAGAGGUACACCUCCAGGUAUGCACCCAUCAAUGUUCCAACCACACAGAUUUAUGGAUCCGUCUCCUUCGGGAGGUGGACAAGUAAAUAUUCCAGAACAUAAUCCCAGAAUUCACCCACCACCUUCCGGAAGUCCUGGAAGUAAGGGUGAUAUACAAAAUUUUUCGAGAACACCUCCUCCUAACAGAUUUUCUCCCGUUGGUAUAAACCCAAGUCAUCCAGGACCCCGUCCACAGCACAUGUUACCACCGCAUUUACCACCACCUAGACCACCUUAUCCUCCUCCUCUUCCUAAUCAAUCAACUCAGCCACCCGGAUAUUAUCCACCUUAUCAUGCAAGUAAUGAACCUAUCCCACCUCCUAGGGAUGAAUCUCUCCCGCCCGAUCCCUACCACAAUGUCCCGCCUCCCUAUGAGCAACCAUUUGAAGUAGCAGAGCAAGAUGAAGCUUUGCCUCAGCAGAAUACCGAGAAUAGUCAAGGAAGUGGAGAAGAAGAAACUGUUGGUGAAUUUGGCGGCCUAGUAUCAUAUUUUUCAAGUCAAAGGGACGAAGAUUUAGAAUCAUAGUUUGGGAUAAGAAGUAAAAGGGCUAUUAUUCUAACAGUAACUGAAGUCUGUUGUAGGACAAAAACAUAUGUAUGUUGGAUGGGCGAGAUAUUGACUGAAAAUUUACAAAAUGGUUUUGUACAAAAAUGUAUAUGGAACUAUUUUUUAAAAUAUAAAUUUGGAUAAAAGUGGUUGCUCACCACUAUAAUUUCUUUUUAUAAAAAUCUUUUUUCAGUGUGAGAUAAGGGACAUAAUUAUAUUUUUUGUUGAGAAGUAGUAUUUUCUAAUUAGUAUUUAACCAUGAAAUUUUUAGAUUGGUAACUCAGUCAUUAUUAUUUUUUAUACCUGCGAUAUAUUCAAAUACAUUUCAUUAACUAUUUGGAAUUUUCUAAGAUGUUUUGUAUAUUGAAUCUACCACGAAAAUUAUCAAUCAUCAUGCAUUUUGGAUCCUGCUACACAGAACAACUUAUAGGGUUUUGUUCAAGUCUGUAUAUUUAUGUGGCUAGAUUAUAAUAUACAAUAAGUUUGUAUUAAUUUUUAUUUCACUUAUUCACUCCUUUUAUACCACUGUUUUCACUGCAAAGUAGGGUUACAAGUAAAAAAUAUGUAAGAAGAUUAAAUUGAAGUAAUAGUGUAAUUUACUUUGAUUGCCUAAACUUGUCAAAUUUAAAAUAUCUUUGUAUAAUUUUAUAUUUAACAAAAAUAUUUCUUUAUCAAAACUAUUAUCAGGAAGCCAACUAUUCUGAUAAUUUAGCUUUCCAAUUGACUAUGAGGGUAAUACUAUUUAUCUCUACAAUAAUUAGGUUUAUGAAUAUUUUUUUAUGAUAAAUGGAAAAAUCAUAUAUAAUGUUAUAAAGUUUUAUAAUAAUAUAAUUAUAAUUUUUGAGUUCAGUACCGAAGACACGCUGACAGCUCCCUAACAAACCUGAGCGCGUGUGAUGUUAUAAUCUUAGUUUCCACUCUUGGCAGUUGAUAUAAAAAUAAUAAGUAAAGUGUUUUGAUCUAUUUAAUUUUGUUGUCAUUGUUAAGUAUUAAAAUUUAUAUUGAAAAUGUCGAACCUCAAAAGUUAUCGUUCUUGUUUUGUACCAUUAUGUACGAAUACUACAAAAACAAAUGACAAAAUGUUUUUAAAGAUUAUUAUUGCUCAUAACAUCAAACACCUUAAAUUUAAUAGGAGCAUAAAUUACUUACUGAAGCUGCAGGGUCAAUGCAUUAAACAUCCUGAAUUUUUCUUGACAUUUCAUUAAUAGUUGAAAGUGACUGAAUACUCUUUACUCCGAACUCAGUGUUUUGGACAUACCUUUUAUAAUGCAAAUAUUAUUUUUACGAGACAUAGUUGAACAUAACCUAUAGCUUUGUCGCCGUAAGUCUCACGCGAUGCUCUACAAUUUAUGAAAUAAAUAAUUAUAUUUAAUAUAAUGGAGAAUAAAUACUUAAAUAUUUUCAUUUAUUCAAUUUUUUUAACAGACUCAUCUUAAUGCCUUUGCACCUCGAACUUCAGCAGAAUUAAACCGAACGUCAUUUUUUUAAAAAAUUGGUUAUCAUAAAUAUAUCAACAUCAGGAAUAUUAUCAGACUUUGCCUCAAUAAAUCCUUUAUCACACAUAGCUAAUCGGAACCAACUAACCACUCGAUUUUUGGCAAUAAAUUCUCAAUAUUAUUGUCUAGUCACAUGUAAUAGCAAUAUCAAUAUUAUUAAUAAUAAAGUUUUAAAAUACACAAAAAAAUCAAUAAUUUUUUAUUUCAAAAACCCAAAUUUGUCUCUAUUUCAUUUAAAAACUCAUCAGAUAUUUUGAAUUAGUUGAUAGAAAAUAGAAUUUCAAUGGUUAGCUUAAAAAAAACUACAAAGUAUAUAUGAUAGAUAGUACGUCAGUUGCUAUGUGCUUUUUUCAUUUUUUUACGAUAUAUAUUAUUUUAGUGUAAUAAUUAAAACAUAUGUCUACUGCUCAUCCAUCUAAUUGAUAAAUGUGACUUGGUGGGAUAAAAUAUCAGGAUAGAUUUAAUAAAUUUUAUAAUCAUGAUGUAAAUACUUAAUUUUAGUAGUUGUAAAUAGAUGUAAAUAAUUCUUUGUUUUUAUUUUAUGUGAUUAAAAAGUUAUAACUUCAAG